CCCCCCCCCCCCCCCCCCGGUCCUUCCCCGCUGCUUAUAGAGUUAUUAGUGAAAUAGUGGCGUAAGUCAGACGCAGGAAAUUACCUCAUGGACCAGUGUGGUGGAGGCGGCGGCGGCGGCUAUGAUAGCCUGGCGAUAGCCGUCAGUGCUCUGUCUCUCUCUCUUUCUCUCUCUCUCUCUCUCUCUCUCUCUCUCUCUCCCUCUUUCUUUCUCUCUCUCCCCCUCUAUCUUUCUCUUUCUCUCCCUUUCUCUCUCUCCCACUUUCUUUCACUCUCUCUCUCUCUCUCUCUCUCUCUCUCUCUCUCUCUCUCUCUCUCUCUCUCUCUCUCUCUCUCUCCUGGAAGCCGUUCCUUCCUAGCCAAGUGCUGAUGUAACAGAUAAUAGCGGAGACACAUGACCUCAUCCUCCUUCCUGGUUCUCAGAGGAGCUCCGUGGCUUGUGGGACAAGGAGAGAUUAGACAGUCUGGUAUAGAGAGAGAGGGGGGGGGGGGAGGGAGGGAGGGAGGGAGGGAGGGAGGGAGAGCGAGAUGCAGGCUAGAGGGGGGAUGGCACCAGGUUUGAUCCCCGCAGAGAGUGAGGGAGACUCAAGGAGAGAGAGAGAGAGAGAGAUGCUGGCUAACCUGUAGGCCUCCUUAAGCAAGAAGCCCUGACCAAUACCUGCUCCCUAAAGACCUGUGUCUGAAUAAGUUGCUUUGGAUCAAAGUGUCUUGAUUUGGUUUUAUUAAUUUCUCUGUGAUUUGUUGCCUAUGCUGUUUGUUUUCUUCAGUUUCUGUAUGAAGUAAGUGUUUUCUCCUAUUGGUUCCCAGAUGGUCACCACGUAUGGGAGGCGGAGGCCAAGGUGGAGCGAGAUGGAGCCAAGCCUACCUCGAUCCUGGUGGAGGUCCCGCCCUACCGGAACCAGAGGAUCUCCACGCCGGUGCCCGUCAACUUCUACGUGUGCAACGGCAAGAGGAAAAAGAGCCAGUACCAGCGCUUCACCUACGUCCCCGCCAACGUUCCCACCAUUAAGAUGGAGCCACGGGACGACUACGACGCCCCCCUGCUGUGCGUCCAACGCGGCCCCGCCCUCCCGCUGAACCCCAAGCCCUACUACGCCCCGCCCCCCGCCAUGAUGAGCUCCGCCCCCGUGGGCCAGCAGCGGGCCCCGCCCUCCUCGCUCUCCUCCUCUUCCUCGCCCAGCACCAGCCCCAAGCUGCACGACCUCUCCCCCUCCACGCCCUUCCACACCAGGGGCCUCUCCCCCCCGGGGCCCCGGUCCCCCGCCGGGCCCCCCCACGUCUCCAUCAUCCAGGAGACGCCCGGGCGCUACUCCGGCUCCGGCCUCUACCCCCCCAGCAGCGCCUCGUCCUCCUCAGGGUCGCAGCCCUCCACCCCGGGCACCACGGGGCCCGAGGCCCCCUUCUCCCCUGGCCCCGCCCCGCCCUCCAGGCUCAGCCCCGCCGCCAGCCCCCGGGGCCCCCAGCAGAGCCAGCCCGCCAAGGGGCCGGAGCGAGGCCGGGCCCCCCCCCCGCAGGAGGGUGAGGCUGGAGGCGGGCCCCUACCGCUGGCCCUCAGCAUCAAGCAGGAGCCUCAGGAGCUGGACCAGAUGUACCUGGACGACGUCAACGAGAUCAUCAGGAACGACCUGUCCAGCAUCUCCGUCAACAGCAACGCAUAGCUUCCCGUUCCCAUGGAAACAAAACAAGAACAACAACACCUAAACAAAGGGAAACACACAAAUAUUUCCCCCCUCGCCGCUCCCCAAAAAAACUGAAGUAUCUAAAUAUACUGUGGCCUGUGUGCUCGGACUACAGCAUUCAGAAAACUACAGAGUAUCCAGGAAAUACAACAACUACAAAGACGUUCAGAAAUACCAGGUGUGUGCCUUGUGUUUCAUAAAGCUUUUUGUAUUCACUGCCUUGUUUUUAGAUACUUUGAUCAGGUAGGUAGCACCUCAACCCCCGAAGUAUACUCUUAGUGGACCAAGUGUGUGUGCGUGCGUGCGUGUGUGUGUGUGUGUGUGUGUGUGUGUGCGUGUGUGUGUGUGUUUGUGUGUGUGUGUGUUUGAGAGAAAGAACGGGAUGGGGAGACUUGGGGAGAUAGUCUUUUCUCUGUUUGUAAAUUAAACAUUGUAUAUACCUGUAGUACUCCAGCUUGCAUAGCUGGCAUUACACUCAGACGUUAGAAAAUGGAAAUAUAGCCACGGUGCCUUGGGCCGGAAACAGGAUAACACAUUGGAACUAAAAUUGUAUUCUUUGCUGGGACGUCAAUCCGUGUCGUUUUGAACCCGUUCGCCAGAGAGUUUGUGUUAUUAGGUUCUUUCCUUCAUUCCCUCUCAACGCUGCGCGCUUAACCACUACAGAGUAAUUAAGCCACAGGUUUAGUGCCUUGUACAAAAAUGAACAAAUACUGCAGAUGUACAUUACCAAAAUAAGAAUAUGCACUGCUAGGUUUAACAUUGAUGUGAGGACAUGAAACUCAUCCUCCGUGGUUACCUUUGCCUUUUAUACACUAUAGCCAAAAUUAGCUGUAAGAUAUUACCCAAAAAAAAUCUGCCGAAGUACUUUGUACAGAACAAGUGUUUUGGGAUACUCAAACCAGUGUGCUAGCCUGAUGGUAGGUUGGUACACACAUUUUUCGUUCCUCAGCUUGUAAAUAACGUGUUUUCCAGGUAGACGUUCUGCGUCAGCAAUAAUGGACUUAAUAGACAUCAGCGGAAGCAAUCAUCUCAAUUUUGACAAAAAGCUUGAUUAUUAUUAAUCCACCUAA